AUGGCCAAGCACAGCUCUACAGGCUCUCGGUUCUCUACUUCGGCCGAGAGAUCAACGAUGUCAGAGCCUCCGGACGAAAGUCACCCACAGGAUACCUCACGUCUCUCCAUAUCGCCGGUGCCAAGGGGACGACUUUCACCAGAUAACGAAGCCAACCCGAAUAAUCAGGCAGCCGAAUGGGAUAGUCCUACUGUCAACCGCCUACGUCAACGACCUGGCAUGUAUGCUCCAAUCAACACUGGGGAAGCGGAAGCACUCUGUGCUCCCACAACUAUGGCUGUACUUCUCAAUUUGACGGUACCACAACUGCAACAGCGUUUUCCCACGAUUCAAUUCGGAAAUCAGGGUUUGACGUGGCCACAGAUCCAACAAAUGGGCCAAAGCUUUCCAGGAUUCGGAUUUCAUGCUUUUUGGCCGAAUAGGUUUUUCUCACCUAAUGCCACUGACGAAGAUAUGGACGCGGCGGAGCGAGCCCUUGGCCGAUAUCCACAGGUUCAGCAAAUAGUACUUUCAAAUUCGAAUAUACGGGAAUUCGGCGUCAUUUACACAAGUGAUACCCUCAUGUCCCAUGCUGUUGUAGGCUUUGUCCAGGGUCGAAAUAUCCGCUUUCAGGACUAUUCAGUGCCUAAUAGCACGAACGUCACUCAUCAGGUCACCAACCCAAGUACAGGCUUCAUAGCCAUCUGGUGGUUUACCUGA